AUGUUAAAUAUAAGUAAAAUAUUUGAAGAAGUAAAAGUAAUGAAAAAUUUUACAUUAAAUUUUGGACCACAACAUCCUGCAGCACAUGGAGUGUUACGAUUAAUAGUAGAAUUAGAAAGCGAAAAUGUAGUAAGAGUAGAACCACAUAUUGGGCUAUUACAUAGAGGAACAGAAAAAUUAAUAGAAGGAAAAACCUAUACACAAGCUUUACCAUAUUUUGAUCGAUUAGAUUAUGUAUCAAUGAAUGUUCAAGAACAUGCAUAUUCAUUAGCAGUUGAAAGAUUAUAUUUAGAUAGUUUAGAUAUAGAAUUAGAAAUUCCACAGCGAGCUAAAGUAAUCCGAGUAUUAUUUAGUGAAAUCACUAGAGUAUUAAAUCAUAUAAUGGCAACAACAACACAUGCAAUGGACGUAGGGGCAUUAACCCCAUUUUUAUGGGCAUUUGAAGAACGAGAAAAAUUAAUGGAAUUUUAUGAACGAGUAUCCGGAGCAAGAAUGCAUGCAGCAUAUAUUAGACCUGGAGGAGUCGCAUUUGAUUUACCAAUGAAUAUAAGUGAAGAUAUUUAUAAAUUUGUAAUUCAAUAUAGAAAAAGAUUAGAAGAAAUUGAAGAUAUGUUAAUAAAUAAUAGAAUUUGGAAACAAAGAUUAGUAGAUAUUGGAAUAGUAAGCGCAGAAGAAGCCUUAAACUAUGGAUUUACAGGACCAUUAUUAAGAGGAGCAGGGAUCGUAUAUGAUAUUAGAAAAAAUUAUCCAUAUGAUGACUAUGAUAAAUAUGAUUUUAAAAUCAUAAUAGGAGAAGAAAAUAAUUCAUAUACAAGAUUUAUAAUAAGAAUGAAAGAAAUGUAUCAAAGUUUAUCCAUAAUAGAACAAGCAUUAAAUAAUUUACGACCCGGUUUAAUAAAAUUAGAAGGAGUAAAUAUAACUGCACCAGAUAGAGCAUUUGUAAAAAAAGAUAUGGAAUCAUGUAUUAAUCAUUUUAAAUUUUUUUCAGAAGGAUUUAUAAUACCAGCAAAUGAAAAUUAUACGAUUGUAGAAGCACCAAAAGGAGAAUUUGGAAUAUAUUUAAAUGCGAAUGACACAGCGAAACCAUAUAGAUGUAGAAUCAAAGCACCAGGUUUCUUACAUUUACAAGGAUUAAACAUGAUGUCAAAAGAUCAUUUAUUAGCUGAUGUAGUAACCUUAAUAGGAACUCAAGAUAUAGUAUUUGGAGAAGUAGAUAGAUAA